AUGGCAGCCAAGAAACUCCUCUUCAUCUUGUCUGUCCUUGCCACCCUUGUGGCGCUGGAGACGACAUAUGCUCACUGCGGCGAGAGCUCCACCCAUGGCGAGCUGCAUUUUUCCCACGGCCUAAGCCUCCCUGGUCUGGACUCCUGUCAUGGCGCCGACACCGACCUCGCCGGUGGCAUGAAGAUCGGCGUGGACGACGUGGUGAAAGCAUGGUACAUGGACGAUGUCGCCGUCGCUGAGAACGAAGAUCAGAGGCUCCCCCAUCACCGUCAGCCUGACGAGGCCGUCCCGCUUGCAAAACUACUUGACCUCGGAAUCGUGGCGCUGCGGCUAGAUGCAGAGAACCAUGAGCGGGACGAGAACCUCACGACAAUGCGUCAAGAGAGGGGUUACUUGCACAUGGACAUAAUUGAAUUAACCCCAGAGAAGAUGCCAAAUUAUGAGGCGAUGAUCAAGAGGUUCUUCGAAGAGCACCUCCACACCGAUGAGGAAGUUCGUUAUUGUCUCGACGGCAGCGGGUACUUCGAUGUAAGGGAUGAGGAUGACCAGUGGGUCAGGGUGUCACUGAGCAAAGGAGGCCUCAUUGUCGUACCGGCUGGAAUUUACCACCGUUUCACGUUGGACAGCAACAACUAUAUAAAGGCGAUGCGUCUCUUUUCCGGAGGGCCGGACUGGACAGCCUAUAACCGUCCCCACGACCAUCUGCCGGCAAGGAAAAAUUAUCUGGCCGCAUUGCAUUCGGGAAGAGGAAGCCAGCAAGACAGACACAGUUAUUAAUCCGGUGUUAUUAGCGUUUGAUCAACCC